CUCUUUUUCCUCCCCUCGGUCGACUGGUUGCUGAAGUGAGUCGCUGCGAGAGCACAUAGAUCCACAGUCUCUCCUUCAGCAUCGUCAAUCCCUGCAUUCUUCGCCGACCAACUCUCCCGCCCAGCAUGUCCUCCUCCUCGCCCAAAGACUCCCUCAAAGAGGCCGCACGAGGCAACCUCGACCCUCUCAAGCAACAAAUACCCUCCGCCGAUCAAGUCAAAGAUGCCGCGAAUCGCAACCUCGAAAAGGUCAAAGACGCCGUGCCCACGACAAAAGCGGAGUUGAAAGAGGCGGCCGACAAUGCAGGGAAGAAGUCGAUGCAGAGCUUAAGAGACUUUGUCGCCGGUGGCGUGGGAGGUAUUUGUGCAGUGGUGGUCGGACAUCCGUUUGAUUUGGUCAAGGUGCGAUUGCAGACGGCCGAGAAGGGCGUGUACAGUGGUGCGAUGGAUGUGGUGAGGAAGACGAUUGCGAGGGAAGGUCCCGUCAGGGGACUGUAUGCUGGUGUUUCUGCGCCGUUGGUGGGAGUGACGCCUAUGUUCGCUGUCAACUUCUGGGCCUACGGCGUCGGCAAACAACUCGUCGACAACUUCUCCACCGUCCACAACGCCCAAUACACCGUCGGCCAAAUCUCCGCUGCGGGUUUCUUCUCCGCCAUCCCCAUGACCCUCAUCACCGCACCCUUCGAGCGCGUCAAAAUUAUCCUUCAAAUACAAGGUCAAAAAGAGCUCAAACCGGGUGAGAAACCAAAGUACGCCGGCGGCAUGGACGUCGUCAAGCAACUCUACAAAGAAGGCGGCAUCAAGUCCGUCUACCGCGGUUCCGUCAUGACGCUCGCUCGCGACGGUCCCGGUUCGGCGGCCUACUUCGCGACGUACGAGUACUUCAAGCGCACGCUCACGCCGAAAGACCCGGAUACGGGCCUGCCGGGCAAGUUGAGCAUGCCGGCGGUCAUGACGGCGGGUGGUAUGGCGGGUAUUGCCAUGUGGGGAACGAUUUUCCCGGUCGACACGGUCAAGUCGAGAUUGCAGUCUUCGGACAAGGCGCAGGGGAUUGGAGCUUGUAUCAAGGAAUUGUAUGGACGGGGUGGGUUCAAGGCUUUCUUUCCUGGUGUGGGACCGGCGAUGGCGAGAGCGGUGCCGGCUAAUGCGGCGACGUUUGUGGGUGUGGAGUUGGCGCAUAAGUUGAUGGAUAAGACAUUCUAGGCGGGAUGAGGUUCUCGGACAGCACAGGACAGGAGAUGUGCGGGAACGAAAGUAUACACGGACAUUCGACCUGAGAUCAAGGCUUGCUCCAGCGCAGCGAGAGACAUGUUUUUGGUAUGUGAAGCGGUUGAGAAGGCAGCAAGUCGCGUUGUACUCGCAGACAGCAGAUCAAGCUAUCCGUGUAUGGCGCCCUCAUUGCAAUCGGUGGCGGUCUCC